AUGUGGCGAGAAUUCUCGAAUUGCACCGAGAAUGUGAUGGAGAGCUUUAGGUGUAUUUUCUGUGGGUGUCGUGUCCCAGUCAUUUACACUCAGUACACUGAUGAAGUGAUAAGAAUGGAAAGAUGCCCGAAAUGCACUAAUGUUGUAGACAAAUAUGCGGAGUACGAUGUGUUUAUCGUGGCUAUCGACCUUAUAGCGCUGAGAAUCGAAGCUUAUCGGCACAUAAUCUAUAAUUCUCGUGAGAUUUCUUGGACCAGAAUUUUGUUGUUGAGUCUUCUUCUUAACUCUUUUGUUUCUUGGUUGAGCGAACAAGGAAUCACUGGUGUAGAUUUGGCGAAUCUCUCACUUACGUUCAAGUCGGACUUGUACAUUCAUGUUUUAUCCAAUAUUUUUUGGUGUUUUAUAUAUUCACUCUCGAUGUUUUGUAUGUUUUUCAUUUUGUGCUUCUCUGUGCCCAUUCAGCGGUUUCUUCGACUUCUAGCGAUUGUAAACAUGAGUAAGUUGCUGACAUUUUUUGUCCUUCCUUGGGCAUCCAGCUGGAACUCUGGACUUACGAUGGAAGAGCUGCAUUUUGUUCCUUUUUACCCCGUUGUAUUUAGCUCAUUGGCACUUCUUGCAGGCAUGCAGUCCACGAGAGCACUUACCGAAUGUUCCCUGAUUGUUGCUUUUCUUUUAAACUUCCUGUCAAGCGCAUUUGGUUUCAUAUUUUUUAUCAACUCAUCAUCCUUAUUUGCGAAGAUUUCCUAG